GGGGCUGCGGGCCGGAUGCGGGACCGGAUGCGGGGCCGACGGGGGACAUGGGGCAGGUGCUGCCGGGUUUCGCCCAUUGCAAAGAAGCUCCGUCCACGGCCUCCUCCACGCCGGACUCCACGGACGGUGCCAACGACGACUCCGACAUCCGCGAGCUGCUCACCGCCCGCGAGUUCUCCGAGGACGAGGAAGACGAGACUCCGUCGGUGGACUGGGCCUCGGCCCGGGAGCUGACCUUCUCCUACAUCACCUUCGGGGGUGACGGCGGGGCGGCGGGGGCGGCGGGGGGCCGGCGAGACCGAGACGCGGCCCCGCGCCGGCUCAAGGGCCCGGACCGCUCGGGGCCCAGGGAGCCGGGGCCACUGGGCCUGGGGGACGGCCUGGGGGACGGCCUGGGGGACAGCCUGGAGAGCAUCCCCAGCCUCAGCCAGUCCCCGGAGGCCGAGCGCCGCGCCCCGCCGGGGGCCCGGGAUCUCCGCCACCCUCCUCGGGGCCCAGACCCCCCUCGCCAUCAGCGGCCGCCGCAGCUGGACUGGGACCCCCGGGGGACGCCCCAGGAUGGGGGUCGCCCCUGCGACUCCGGGGGCUCCCGCCCCCUCACCCCCGAGCCACUCCAGGACCUCGGGGCCCCGGAGCUGGGAGAGACCAGCCAAGCUCAGCACCCAUGGCCCCCACCGUCCAGGCUCCUGUUGCCGGAGGCCUUAACUCCCCAGCCCUGCCCCGCUCCGGGAGAGACCCCCGACCCCGGGACCCGGACCCCGCCGACCCCGCCGUCCCCGCCCUCCCUCGGGCCCCGCACCCAGGACUCUUGGGAGGAGGCGGAGGAAAUGGAGGAAGAGGAGGAAGCCGAGGAUGGAGGGAUCCUGCCUGACCUGGAACCAAUCACGAUGCAACUCCAGGAUGGAAAAACCCAAUCAGGGGUCAGUCUGCAAAGGCCCAUCCUCGCUCCCCCAUCCACCCGCUCUGUGGGCAACAGCAGAACUCCCGAUCUAGAACAGCCAGCGCGGCCCACAGCCGGAGCAGAGAUGGGCAGCAAAGUGGCGGACCUGGUGUACUGGCGGGACACGCGCACGUCCGGCCUGGUGUUCACGGGCCUCAUGGUGUCCCUGCUCUGCCUCCUGCACUUCAGCAUUAUCUCUGUGGCCUCCCACGUGGCCCUGGCCCUGCUCGGGGGCGCCAUCUCUCUCAGGGUUUACCGCAAGGCGCUGCAGGCCGUGCACCGCUCUGACGGGGCCAACCCCUUCCAGGCCUACCUGGACGUGGACCUGACGCUGAGCCGGGAGCAGACCGAGCGCUAUGCGCAACAGAUCGCCACCCAGGUGGUCUCCGCGGCCACGCUGCUGCGGCACCUCUUCCUUGUGGAGGACAUCGUGGACUCUCUUAAGCUGGCGCUCCUGUUCUACAUCCUGACCUUCGUGGGAGCCGUGUUCAAUGGGCUGACUCUCCUCAUUCUGGGCGUCAUCAGUGUCUUCACGUUCCCGCUGCUGUACAGACAGCACCAGGCCCAGAUCGACCAGUACGUGGGAUUAGUGACGAACCAGCUGAGCCACAUCAAAGCCAAGAUCCGAGCUAAGAUCCCGGGGUCCGGAGCCGUGGCCAGUUCCAAAGCCAAAGCCGAAUAAGACGCCGCGUCCCGCCUGGCCGGGAGCUCCCCGCGAUCCGAUGGCCUCCCCAGCCGCGGAUGACCUCGAGUGCGCUCCUCCUCAGCGUUUCUGGCCUCUGCAGCCCGGGGCCCAGCCGAUCCUCCCCGACCCAAGGGAAACGGCUCGCCCGGGCCAUUGGACGCGCCUAACCCUUCCCUUCCCUUCUUUCCCCUCCCCUUCCCUUCCCUUUCCAGGGGCGCAGUCCGACGGCGGGGCAGGGUGGGUUUGGGGAAUGUUUGCAAUCGGGAAUGGAUGGAGGGGAGACUGCAGGGGCAGCCGGGCCCUCUGCCCGGACUACAUUUCCCAAAAGGCCUUGCGGCAGGGGCAGGGGAAGGCGAGGUGCUUUGGUCGCUCGGCAUGCUGGGAUUUGUAGUUCUUUAGUAGCGGGGCCCGAGCGUUGGGUCGCGGCCCCGAUACCCCGCGCCCGCCCGCAGCCUCCCGCAGCCUCCCUCCUGCUUCUCCUCAGGGCGUGGGUGCGGGGCUGCCUGGGGCCGGGGGUUGCGGGUGAUGCGGGGCGCCCAGAGCUUGGAUUUACACUUUAAUAAAAACUCUUGUGGACGAC